AUGCCUUCAGCGCUGGCCGUGUUCGCCUGCCGACCCAACUCGCACCCGUUCCAGGAGAGGCAUGUAUACCUGGAUGAGCCCGUCAAGAUCGGCCGGUCGGUGGCUCGCUGCCGUCCGGCGCAGAACAACGCCACCUUUGACUGCAAGGUGCUUUCGAGGAACCACGCCUUGGUCUGGUUCGACCACAAGACUGGCAAGUUCUACCUGCAGGACACUAAAAGCAGCAAUGGCACCUUCAUAAACAGCCAGCGGUUGAGUCGGGGCUCGGAGGAGAGCCCCCCUUGCGAAGUCCUCUCGGGUGACAUCAUCCAGUUUGGCGUGGACGUCACCGAGAACACGCGCAAAGUCACACAUGGCUGCAUCGUGUCAACCAUCAAACUCUUCCUGCCCGACGGGAUGGAGGCACGGCGACGAAGCGAUGUUAUCCAGGCUCCGCUACCAUUGCCUGUAGACAAGGUUGCAGCCAACACUCCCAGUAUGUAUUCUCAGGAACUGUUCCAGCUCUCCCAGUAUCUACAGGAGGCCUUACACCGAGAGCAGAUGCUGGAGCAGAAGUUAGCUACGCUACAGCGUCUGCUCACCACCACUCAGGAGGCGUCGGAGAGCAGUUGGCAGGCCCUGAUUGACGAAGACCGUCUGCUGUCCAGAUUGGAGGUGAUGGGCAGUCAGUUGCAGGCUUACUCUAAGUCUCAGACUGAGGACGGGAUUCGUAAGGAGCUGCUGGCCCUGCAGGAGGACAAACACAACUACGAGACCACUGCCAAGGAAUCUCUCCGGAGAGUCCUGCAGGAGAAGAUCGAGGUGGUCAGGAAGCUUUCGGAAGUGGAGCGUUCGCUCAGCAACACGGAGGACGAGUGCACCCACCUGAAGGAAAUGUCCGAGCGCGGCCAGGAGGAACUGAGAGAGCUGGCCAACAAGUACAACGCCGCCGUCAACGAGAUUAAAGAACUCACCGACAAGAUCAAAGCGGCGGAGGGACGGCAAGAGGAGCUGACGCAGCGGGGGGCGGCGGAGAAGCGCGAGCUGGAGCUGCGUAUCGAGGUGAUGGAGGAGAAAGAGCAGGUUCUCCAGGCGCGUAUCGAAGCGCUGCAGGCCGAUAACGACUUCACCAAUGAGAGGCUCGCUGCCCUGCAAGUGCGUUUAGAGCAGCUCCAGGAGAAAAGCGUUAAGGAAAACAACAGCCUGGACAACUGUCACGUUAACAACAGCGGAGGAGAUACCACUCGAAUCCAACAGUUGAUCGAAUGUCCGCCAGUGAAACAGCUAAAGGAAGCCGUCAGUUCGUCCAUCCACAAACUGGCCAACUUUGAUGACGCCCACCUACAGAACAACCAGACGGCGGAAGAUGACAUCCUGACCAGCCCGGAUAGACUUAAAGGAAACCAAAUGGAUGCCAAAGAGUCAGACAUGUCGGAUACGCUUAGUCCCAGCAAAGACCGAAGCAGUGACGACACUUCAGACGGAAACAUGGACGACCAGGAGCUCAAUGAACCGCUCAACAGAGUAGCUCUUCUCAAAGCCGAGUUGCAUCGAGCCGGCUUGGAGCCCGGCGACACGGAGCAGGUCAUCCACCAUCUCCACAGGGAGCUUCUGGAGGCCCAGGAAUUAGCUAACACUGGCAAACAGAAAUGUCUGGAGCUUCAAGCUCUGCUUGAAGAAGAGAGGCGGAAUAACUCGCAACAGACGGAGGAGUCCACAAAACAGAUCCAGUACCUGCAGACUCAGCUCGGGAAGCUGCAGGCCGACAUGGAGGCUCUGAGAGAGCAGAGGGAGAACACCAUCUGUAGCACCAGAGAAGACCUCUACUCGGCACAGGAGGAGAUCCUGGUCCUGCGGCAUGCCGUGGAAGCGGCCACGGCCGAGCGAGAGAGGGACAUCGUCGCCUUGCAGGACGAGCUGAGCGGCGUCCGGAGCGAGCUGGAUCGAUGGCGGAGCGCCGCCGCCAAGUACGAGGAGGAGAUCGGACGGCUGCAGGAGGACUUUGCGCGCCAGCAGCUGCAGCGCAACAACGCCAGUCAACUGCAGGUUGAAUGUGUGGCACUGCAGCAACGAUGCACGUCGUUGCAGCAGGACUGUGAUGGCCUGAGGGAGGAGAGGACUACUCUUACCGACAAAUUGCACCGUCUAGAGGCCGAAUUGUGCAGCACCAAGGCUCAAAGUCUGGUCCUCAGCAGCAAUUUGGAGUCCUUGGAGAAGCGGGAAGAAGUUCUCCAAGGCAAGCUGGGCUCACUGGAGGACCGGCACCUGCAGGACGAGAGCCGGCUAAAGAGCCAGCUGGACCGGGCCCAGGACCGCACGCACUCCCUGCAAAAAGAGUACGAAGACACGCAAUCGCAGCUGUUGGACCUUCGGCAAUGCUACGAGAGGACUGAGCGGGAGAAGAGCAGCAUCCACCAGGAGUUGGAGCAGUGCAGGAACAACCUCAAGCUGCUGCAAGACAAGAACGGCUCUGGCGGCUGGAGCCCGUGGAUGCCGCUCAUCGCAGUGAUGGUCGCCGUGACGGCAGCCAUCAUCUACCCCAACCUCUCCAAGAGCAGCUCGGCCUGA